AUGGUGAUCGGAAUUAAGAUUGCAGUUCUUAUCAUUCUGGUGGUCAUAUCAGUUACAUAUGAACAGGAUACCCCGGUGUAUCCAUCACCAUGUCCACGUAUCUAUGAGUAUGAACCACCAGAAACUGAGCCGGACCUCUGGUCAGCGGUCGUGUUGAUAUCGACAGACAGCCUCUUAUACUAUUUGUGGCUAAAUAUUGUCUUGGAUCGACCGGCCUUACAUUUGAGGAAUCCAGUAGGAAAAGUGGUCACAAAAAACAACAUUGAUUUCAGAAUUGAGAGUGACAUACGCAUAUUUCCUGGCAGGCCGAUUCCAUUGCGCUUCUCCGUCAAAUAUGAUCCCGCAAAUGGUGUCCCGAAACUAAAGGCCAUAAGACUUAAUGGGAAGGUCAUUUGCAAAGAUGACGCAUUGGAAAUGACCACAAUCAAACCUGCUAGGAUAAUCGAACAGACCACCGCUUCAACCACAACCUCUACUAUAAACUGGAAUACAAAUACUGUGUGA